UCCCCCACCCUCCACCCCACACCACACUCCUCUGUGGAUGGAGCCCCUCCCUCCAUCCUCCACCCCACACCACACUCCUCUGUGGAUGGAGCCCCUCCCUCCACCCUCCACCCCACACCACACUCCUCUGUGGAUGGAGCCCCCCACCCUCCACCCUCCACCCCACACCACACUCCUCUGUGGAUGGAGCCCCUCCCUCCAUCCUCCACCCCACACCACACUCCUCUGUGGAUGGAGCCCCUCCCUCCACCCUCCACCCCACACCAUACUCCUCUGUGGAUGGAGCCCCUCCUCCACCCUCCACCCCACACCAUACUUCUCUGUGGAUGGAGCCCCUCCUCCACCCUCCACCCCACACCAUACUCCUCUGUGGAUUGAGCCCCUCCUCCACCCUCCACCCCACACUCCUCUGUGGAUGGAGCCCCUCCUCCACCCUCCACCCUACACUUCUCUGUGGAUGGAGCCACUCCUCCACCCUCCACUUCUCUGUGGAUGGAGCCCCUCCUCCACCCUCCACCCCACACAAGUCUGUGGAUGGAGCCCCUCCUCCACCCUCCACCCUACACUUCUCUGUGGAUUUUGCCCCUCCUCCACCCUCCACCCCACACAACUCUGUGGAUGGAGCCCCUCCUCCACACCUCCACCCCACACCAUACUUCUCUGUGGAUGGAGCCCCUCCUCCACCCUCCACCCCACACAAGUCUGUGGAUGGACCCCCUCCUCCACCCUCCACCCUACACUUCUCUGUGGAUGGAGCCCCUCCUCCACCCUCCACCCCACACUCCUCUGUGGAUGGAGCCCCUCCUCCACCCUCCACCCCACACCAUACUCCUCUGUGGAUGGAGCCCCUCCUCCACCCUUCACCCCACACCAUACUUCUCUGUGGAUGGAGCCCCUCCUCCACCCUCCACCCCACACCAUACUUCUCUGUGGAUGGAGCCCCUACUCCACCCUCCUCCCCACACCAUACUUCUCUGUGGAUGGAGCCCCUCCUCCACCCUCCACCCCACACCAUACUUCUCUGUGGAUGGAGCCCCUCCUCCACCCUCCACCCUCCACCCCACACCACACUCCUCUGUGGAUGGAGCCCCUCCUCCACCCUCCACCCCACACUCCUCUGUGGAUGGAGCCACUCCUCCACUCUCCACUUCUCUGUGGAUGGAGCCCCUCCUCCACCCUCCACCCUACACUUCUCUGUGGAUGAAGCCCCUCCUCCACCCUCCACCCCACACAACUCUGUGGAUGGAGCCCCUCCUCCACACCUCCACCCCACACCAUACUUCUCUGUGGAUGGAGCCCCUCCUCCACCCUCCACACCACACUCCUCUGUGGAUGGAGCCCCUCUUCCACCCUCCACCCCACACUCCUCUGUGGAUGGAGCCCCUCCUCCACACCUCCACCCCACACCAUACUUCUCUGUGGAUGGAGCCCCUCCUCCACCCUCCACACCACACUCCUCUGUGGAUGGAGCCCCUCUUCCACCCUCCACCCCACACUCCUCUGUGGAUGGAGCCCCUCCUCCACCCUCCACCCCACACAACUCUGUGGAUGGAGCCCCUCCUCCACCCUCCACCCCACACAACUCUGUGGAUGGAGCCCCUCCUCCACCCUCCACCCCACACAACUCUGUGGAUGGAGCCCCUCCUCCACCCUCCACCCCACACAACUCUGUGGAUGGAGCCCCUCCUCCACCCUCCACCCCACACUCCUCUGUG